AUGGGGAAGCUAAUUUGUAAGAAUUUUGAUGUCUUUCCAAAUGUAAAUGCCAAAGCUGCAGAAUCGCCUAUAUCCACUUAUGCAGGACAUGUUCUUAUUGUAGGUCAUGGCGGUUGGAUUCGUCAGUUUUUGAGGCUUUUAGCCUUUCAUUCAAUGUACAGACAGAAUUUCCAAAAGCAGUGUGUCAGCUCGGUAAUGAACAACUGCGGAAUAUGCCAAGUAGGCGUGGCUUUUGAUAUUUGCAGUCUUAAAGCUUAUCAAAAGUGUCCACAAUAUGAACGUGGAGUUUUUAUGUCCCCUCUCCCUGUUUUCGGUAAUAUUAUGACUCAUAGUGAGACAUCUAGUGUGAAGAAAUCCAUUCAGUGUUCCUAUAUUCAUUUAGCUAAUCCUAGUUUACCUAUUAUGACGGUCUGUUACCAAUUCAAUGCCACAAAAUCAUUACUUGAAAAGCAUGAACGUUUACAGCGUGAGCCUCAUUAUCUAGCAGUUCCUACUGAUGAAACAUGUUUACAAGAAGAAAGAAUACUUCAAGAUGACGGAGAUGAGUAUGCUGGAUAUCCACUAAACAAAUAG